AUGGCACUGAAAGUUCAAGCCAGCGAUGGCGUCAAGGUGUACACCGUGUCGGGCGGCAAGAACAUCCCCGCCUGGCUGUCGGACAAGAAGAAGAAGGCGCUGCGCAAGGAUGAGGAGUACCGGCGGCGCAUCGAGCUGAUCCAGGACUUUGAGUUCCCGGCGGGAUGCCAGCGCAUCAAGAUGCGGUGCUACGACGUGUCCCAGCUGUCCAUGAAAUUUGACCGCCACCUGGACGCCGAGAUCGUUGACUUCCAGAUCCUGUCGGACGACUACUCCAAGGCAGCCUUCCUGUGCGCAGACCGCAGCAUCUGCUUCCACGCACGCUUCGGCUCCUACUACAAGGCUCGCGUGCCCAAGUUUGGGCGGGACCUGGCGUACUGCCCCUUCUCUGCUGAGCUGCUGGUAGCUGCCAGCGCGCCCGAGGUGUACCGCCUGAACCUGGCUGAGGGCCGCUUCCUGACGCCGCUCACCUGCCGCUCCCCCGCCGUCAACGCCUGCGGUAUCUCUCCCGCCCACGGCCUGCUGGCCUGCGCCGGCGACGACGGCGGCCUUGAGUGCUUCGACCUGCGCCAGCGCGACUCGCUGGGCAGGCUGGGCGCGGCGGCGGCGGCGGGCGCGUCGGGCCAGCCCCUCACCGCGCUGCGCUUUGACGACAGCGGCAUGCACCUGGCGGUGGGCACCGGCGGCGGGCUGGUGGCGCUGUUCGACUUGCGGUCGCAGCGCCCCAUGGUGGUCAAGGACCACAUGUACGACAGCAGGAUCGUAGACAUCAAGUUCCACAGCGGCGGCGCGGCGGGCGGCGCGGGCGGGCACCACCGUGUGAUCAGCAGCGACCGCCACAUCAUCAAGGUGUGGGAUGCCGACAGCGGCGAGGGCUACACCAACAUCGAGCCGGGCGAUGCCGACAUCAACGACGUGUGCGUGUGGCCGGGCAGCGGGCUCAUCAUGGUGGGAUGCGACUCGGCCCGCAUGCGCGCCUACUUUGUGCCCUCGCUGGGCCCCGCGCCGCGCUGGUGCUCCUUCCUGGAGAGCCUGACGGAGGAGCUGGAGGAAAGCGCCAACCCCACCAUCUACGACGACUACCGCUUCGUCACGCGCCAGGACCUGGACAAGCUGGGGCUGUCCCACCUGGUGGGCACCCCGCUGCUGCGCGCCUACAUGCACGGCUACUUUGUGGACAACCCGGCUGUCAACGCGCAGGCGGCGGCCCGCAUCCUGGCUGAGCAGGCCGGGCUGGAGCCGCUGGGCGAGGACGGGGAGCGGAAAAAGAAGAAGGGCGGCAAGGGCGGCGCGCUGCCCAGCCUGCUGGAGGACGAUCGGUUCCGGGACAUGUUCCAGGACCCAGAGUUUGCCAUCGACGAGGAAAGCGCGGAGUGGAAGCUGCUGCACCCCAACGCAGACCCAGCCAAGGAGCGGCGGCUGCUGGCCGAGCACUUCGACACUCUGGAGGGCGGAGAUGGGUCUGACGAGGAGGGACGCCAGGGUGGCGCCAGCGAGGACGAAGACGGCGCCAGGCUGGCAGCAGGCUCAGCAGACGACUACUCUGAUGAUUCCGACGACGAGGACGUGCAGCGGCGGCGGCAGCAGCGCGCCGCCACGCACCGCGACAAGCGCCUGCGGGCAUCCGAGGGCGCGCCUGCGGGGGCUGCCGGCCUGGCGGCCGCCCGCGGCGGCCGCGAGCCUCGUAUGUAUGCCGCCAAGGACGAUGCGGCAGCGGCCGCCUUCAUGCAGCGCAAGUCGUUUGCCGAGGAGAAGGCGCAGCCUCUGGGCCAGCGCGCGGCGGCGGCGGCAGGCACGGGGUACACCGUCGCGCGCAGCGGCGGCAGCAAGGAGCUCUCCUUCACGCCGCGGCGCUCCGCCGGCGGCGGCGAGGAAGCCGCGGCGAGCGCUGUCGUGGCUGCCAAGGUCGAGCAGGAGGAUUCCAAGGCUGUUCAGCCAGCGGGCCUCAUCCCAGGCCCUCCACCUGUGCCUCUGCCGCUGCCAGCAUCUGCAACCGCUGCUGAUGCUCUGGUGGCUACGGCUGCUGGGCGCCACCACGCUUCUGGCAGCAAGCAAGCAGGGCAGCGCGGGAAAGGCUGCAAAUCGCCCCGUGUGGAGAAGGAGCAGCAGAGCGGGGAGGAGGGGCAGCAUGCAGAUUCAGAGAUGCAGCAGGCUGCUGCUGCGGGCCCCGCUGCGCAGGGCAAGAAGCACGGAGCAGAACCGCACCCUCGCAAGGCAGCCAGAAGCCGCUACGAACUUCUCCUCCCGGUGGUCACUGCCGCCAUCUGGGGGCUGCCGGCUGCUGUCAAGGCAGGCCUCGACCCUGACGGACCGCCCAAGAACUGGGGAGACCUGCCGUUUGAGGUGCAGCAGGCAGGACGGGCUGCGGCUGCUGCCGACCCGCGGCCGGCGUGGGCGAGCGCCGGCAGCAUUGGCUACGCCAGCCCUGUCUACCAAUCCGCAAUGACUACAAAAUCAGGCGCCCGCUUCCGAGCUGAGCUGGCCACAGUGUGGGCUGCUGCCCGUGCGGAGAGCCUGCGCAAGAAGGCAGGGGGCGGCGAGGAGGCCGGGGAGGCGGCUGGGCAGUGCCAGCUGGGCCCGGCGGCAGGAGCGCUGGCGGCAGCAGCACCCGCUGGCGAGGUGGUGGCGCGCAGCAAGAACACGGCAGCAGCUCAGCAGCAGGAGCAGCCGGCUCCGGCGACCGCGGCAUUGGCGGCGCCUGCUGCUGCUGCUGCUGCUGCUGCUGCUGCUGCUGCCACCGGAGGCGGCUACCCUGAGGAGAGAGUGCGCUGCGGCCACUGCCACACCUGCAUCAAUCCCCAGCUCGAGAAGGACUGCCGCCACAGCGAGGUGCACAGCGUCUUCGGCACUGGCGGCAAGGGCCCCACAGCUGGGUGCCGCUAA